UCUUUUUAUGAUCAAAUAAAUGGCGUAGCCACGGGGUCUCCCCUUGCUCCUGUCUUAGCCAAUCGUUUUAUGGGACAUCAUGAAAAACUUUGUUUGGAAAAUUUUCAUGGCUCUACAAUCUUAUUUUAUCGCCGGUAUGUUGAUGAUACUUUUUGCUUAUUUAACUCAGAUCGAGAUGCCACUAUAUUUUUCGACUAUAUCAACUCUAGGCACCCUAACAUCAAGUUCACUAUGGAAAAGCAGGUUAAUUAAAUUACAAAUUACCCUUUUUAGAUGUCCUGAUUGACAACCAUGACCUCAGUUCCUCUCUAACUAGGAUUUACCACAAGAAAACUUUCACUGGGUUACUAACUAAUUAUUUCAGCUUCACCUCGUACUCUUACAAAGUGGGUCUCAUUAAGACACUCGUUAAUAGGGCUUACAAGAUUAAUAGCACCUGGUUAGGGUUUCACGAGGACAUU